AUGCCCACUUCAUUACUCAAUGGAACUUUGAUGCCCGCUCAUUGGGGAUUGACCUUUUGGGGAAUGCUCUUCACACAGAGUCUCGUCCUCAUCUCAUUUCACUUCUUCUAUCGAUAUUGUCUAGUUUGCCAAUUCCAAUGGUUGACACUAUUCAACUCGUGGAAAUAUGUACCGCUUUGGGUGGGAAUCUGGGCUUUGAUGGGACUCUCCUGUGCCGCCACUCUCCAUUUCUUUAUGUAUCACACACCAGCGUAUCAAACAGCAGCAAUGUCGGAGAAGCUAAGAAGUUUACAGUACGACUUCUUUAAAGCACUACUUGUUCAGACACUCAUCCCAACAAUCUUCGAGUACAUUCCCUUUCUCGUGAUCUUCUCAAGCCCUUUAUUAAGUCGAUGGAUUGCUGUUGGAAGAUGGGCGAACUUUGUCCCAACCGCUGUCUCAUUCUAUCCAAUGAUCGAUCCGAUUUGUAUCAUUUAUUUUAUUAAAGACUAUCGUUUUGCUUUGAUGAGACGAAUCAAACGAAUCAAACGAAACAACAACACCAUCGGCAUUGCUUACACAACGAAUGCAACAUCGGAAAAGCCGGGCAGCUCGGCACUUCAAACAGAA